CUCUGCGUUACUCAGCAAGUUGUUUUUUAUAUUUAUAGGUGAUUCGUUUACCCAAUUUAUGUGCCAGUAUGUUCGUGGUGAUGAAGAAAGAUAGUACUUUCUUCCUUCGUCUAGGUUACUUCGAAUAACAAAGAAAAUUGUGCCCAAAUAAAAAUUUCAUAAUUAUGCAUAAGAAGUGAUGGAUGAUUAUCAGCAAUUAAAAAGUAAAUAUGAAAGAUUAUGUGUGGAAUUUAAAAAGCUUCGUACGAAGUAUAAAACUUUGAAAGAUAAUGAAUUAAGUCAACAAUUACAGAAUAAAAUAGUACAAAAAGAUUUACAGAUUGAACAAUUGAAACAAGAAAUUGAACAAUUAAGAUUGAUCAAUCAUAAUAUUCUUACUGAUAAACAACAGAUUCCACUAAAUGGAAUCACUCAUGAAAACUCAACCAAAUUAUCAUUACUACUGAAUACUAAUAAUAAUAAUAAUAAUGACAAUUCAAAUCAACUAUCCUUCUUCACCAAUACUGUCAAUGUAAAUACAGAAGCGAAGAAUUCAAUCACUACUCAGGAAUUAAAUAGUAAUUUGGAUGAAAAAAAACUACCAGAUACUCCCUAUACAACUACCCAAUUUACAAAACACAAUUCACUUUCCACUGUAACUAAUAGUAACUCAACGACUUCAGCUUCUUCAUAUCCCUCCAACAUUUGUCAUGAUGUUUUCAAUAUGCAUCAUACAUCAUCCAGCUCAAGUUUGGUUCCAAUUAAAGCCUCGUCAUCGCCAUUAUCUUCAAGAAUACCGUCUCCUUCUUCAUUACUGUCUGAGGAUACAUCAACGACAACAACUACAUUGUCCACUGCCAGUACUACUACUAAUAAUAAUAAUAAUGUCAGUACUACAACUACUUCUACUACCCUUAAUAGUCCAACUUCAUCAGAUGAAGAUUGGAGAUUAGUUGUAGAAACGGAAGAGAAAUUAACUGAACAAUUUGUACAAUUAUUAAAUAAUUGGAUGAAUUCAAUUAAAACUAAUAGAAAAUUGUCAAUAAUAGAUAAAGAAAGAAUCGAUGAUAUUCUUAUUAAUCGUAUUACACAAUUAGAAAGUCAAUUAUGUGAAGCUUCAUUGCAAUAUCAACUUGAACGUAAGCGUCGAUUAAAAGAACAACAACAAUCCGAAACAACAGACGACGCUAAGCUCACUGUUCACAAUAGUCAAGAGAUCAAUUUAAACGGUCCUAACCAAUUAUCCAGUAGUGUUGGCAGUGAAAAAUCUAAAGAAAUUUCCCAUACCAAUGAAUUGAUAAUGAAACGUUUACACACAGCCAUUGAAGAAUCAAUUUAUUUCGCUUCAAGAGCUAAUCUCUUACAGGAUGAACUGGAAUCACUUAUUCCAUGGAUUUUACAACUUCUUCAUUUACAUCAAAAACAACAAAAUGACCUCAGAACAAUGAAACAAUACAAUGAACAAUUAAAACAACAAUUAGAAUUGACCAAAUUGAAUACAGUGAAACAAGUCAAUGAAAUGGCUAAACAUAUGGCUAAUUUAACUGAUGAAUUACAAACACUUCGAUUUAGUAAUCAUCAUUCCAAUGGUCAUUGUAUUCAUGAACAACAACACCAACAUCAAUCGAAUUAUUCAUUGUCAAAUGAUAAUCAAUUGAAAAAACAUACUACUCUAUUUAAUGUAUUGAAAAAAUGAAAUCUGUAUUAUGCGCGCCUCCACUGAUCUCCUCUCUCUCUCUCUCUCUCUCUCAACACAAUCAAAUGUUUUUUUCAAAUUUAUUUCCUGUGUAUAUUAUUACAUAAUGAUUAUGAUAAGAUAUUUCGAUUUAUUUCCUCUCUAUCUCUCUUAUUUCUUAAUGCUAAAUUAAUUUGUUUUCAUUGUGAAUGUAUAAUCCAAUGGUAUUGAUUAUUGAAUAUUGAUAAUGUUAACAAUCAUCAUUCUCCCGCCAAGAUCAAUAUUUUAUAAUUUUUUUUAACGGGUUAAAAGGGCCAAUGGGGAAAUGCUUCAGUUUUUAUUAUCAUGACUGACAUUUGAGUAAUUUUAAUGCGAUUGAUUCCUUGAGAGAAAAAAUCAAACUAAACACUUCUCUCUUCACUGAGUUUUUUGUUUAAAAGAAUUCGUUUUUUUUUUUAAUUUUCAUUGCAUGUUAUGUGUAUUUUUAGUUAUUGUUUUUGUUUUUUAUAAAAUAAUCAAAAUUUCACUAUACACUACACUUGAUUUUAAAACUUGUAAACCGAAUUAAUGAAAAUCUUUUUACAUGUGUAAACAAUAACCUCUUCUCAGAUGUUAGAUAAUUUAUUUG